AUGUUUGAUGUUACAGGUGUAUUGACGACAGAACAGUCAGAUCUGCUGUACCCGUUCAUCAGCACUGCUACCAGGAGUGGUCACAAGAAGCCUUCAACAGUCAGUGUAGACGAGGACGCUCUUGUCUCUGUGGUGCCGUUGUUCUGUCCGGAGAACGUCUGUUCUCACCAACAUUGGGUCACUCAACUCGUCAAUGCCAUCUUGAACACAGCUCAGUUUGGCUUCAUUACACCAGUUGUGGAUCACAAGGAGGACUUUGCCAAUGAUCUGUUCCCUGUCACUGUAGACUUUGUGCUGGACGUUUCUAGAAGAGCUUCCACAACACAGAUGUUUGUCGACCAAAUAAAUGAGUUUUUUGCCAGACAUAUAAAUAACAGCUCUGCAGAUGAAGUGUAUGGUAACCGCAACUCUGUAUCUGCAAUGAUAAGAGUCAUCGGAGCAGUCAGGAAACAUUACCAUGAGGAAAGACAGAUCAACUACCUCCAUGUGUCGAAAGCAGCGUUGUUCUGUUCUGCUUACUUCACCUCUGUUAUGUACGCAGAGCUGUGGGCCAGCGAGUUCAACAGUAACCGGGAAGAUUUAGACAUUGAAGGUAUUUCUCAGUUUGAAUUCAUUGAAGAAAAAGACAGUGAAAAUGGACAGCUUCUACAAAGUCUACUGCGAGAGGCCUACAUGAGGAUAGGUGAGCCAGACGCAGUAUACGGUUGUGGCAACACACAUCUACUGGACCCUCACAGCCAGAUACAACAUUACCAGUACGAGGGACAGUGGCUGAGAGCUGUGGAGGCUUGUGACCUGCAACUAUCCUUGCAACCUUCUCUGCAACUGUCAGGUUUUGAAAGAUCCCUCCAUCUGAGUGGGCUGCAUCACUUGGCUGGACGAGUGAGUGAGAAGCAGAGUUAUGAGGCAGCCUGGAGACUAGGCCAGUGGGACCUGCCUCAGCCCAGCCCUGGCGACCAAUCACACGAGGCUGCUGUAUACAAGAGUCUACGAGCUCUGCAUGACAGUGACACAAUACAAGCUCUCAGUGUGGUGAGACAAGCAAGAUCUUUAGUGAUGGAUUCCUUGGCUAUCACCAGUCUAGAGGCAGCCACCAAUGUGUACACACCUCUGGCUAAGCUACAGGCUCUGCAGGAAAUUGAAGACUUUGCAACGCUGGGUUUCACUCAAGUAACUGACAAAUGGAAAAACCAGGAUAAAAUAGGAUGGAACAACUUUACCGACGUCGAACAGAUCAUGGCUCAAAGAAUGGCUUUGCUCAAACUUACCUCAGGCCAGGAACAGGAGAGACUAGUCAAGGUAGUGACAGAACUGUGUGAGGUUGCCAAGACUGAGGGGUAUCACAGUGUGGCACACAACUGGCUCUUGUCACUGUCAGGGUUGUCACAUCUGCCUCCUCAUCUACUGUGCUGUGUGCAAUUGCUACAGGCUCAGAUAUACUGGGACAAACAGGAGACAGAUACAGCCAGACAUCUUCUGCGUAGACUUGUUGGACAGCUGAAGGACUCGGACCAGACAACAUUGUACGCAAGGACGUUGCAUACCUACGGAUCCCUGGUAGCUCACACUCGGACCGAGCAAGCUCAGCAGAUAUUGGAGAAAUAUCUCAUGCCAGCAGUGGAUAACUCUGGCGAAGACUUCAAACUGUCAGCGGCCUCGUCGUUGGCUCGCUACGCAGACGCAGAGUAUCAAACACUCCUCAACUACGUCAAAUCAUCUGAGUACUCCAGCAAAGUGAAAAGCAUCACAGAGUCGGUGACGAGUGCGCAGAAACUAAUCACCGCAACCGCUAAGAUAGACGCUGACCGACAAAUCAGACAGGAUCUACAGAAGACGAUCAACAUGCACGACAAACAGAGCAAGAUUGACCAGAUGGAGGUGGAAAAUGCCCAGAGAGAGCUCGACAACUUUCUCAUCCUAGCCAUUAGACACUACCUACUGAGCCUAGAGCUGGGCGAUGGCCAGGACUUGUGUGUGUUCCGUGUGGCGUCGCUGUGGCUAAACAAUUAUGACAACGAGGAGUUGGUGGCUGAGCUGGAGGAACGGAUCUUCCUAGUUCCGAGUUACAAGUGGCUGCCGGUGCUACCCCAACUGGCCGCUCGUAUCAGAGAGAACACGGAUCAGCCCAGCACUGCCACACUGCACAGACUUAUUGAGAGGUGUGCCAGGGAUCACCCCCACCACGUGCUGCCUCUUAUCUUGGCAUUGGCAAACACAUACAAAGACGCAGAAUACAGUCAGUCCUCCAUCAACACAGGGGCCAAACCUGAGAUGGCUGGGUAUAUGAAGGGAAGAGUAGUCGGAGCUCAGAAAAUGUUGGAUAGCCUUAAACAGAAGGAACCUCUAAAGACACUAAUCCGUGAUAUGCAGAAAGUCGCAGAAGCCUACAUCAGUUUUGCAUACUUUCCUCACACUGGCGGAAACGCCACCAAGGUGCACAAAAUCCCAAAGACUGAACCGAUAACGAAACUGAAGCAGAUGAGUCAUGUUUUGUGUCCUACUGUGACUACGCCCGUCAGCAGGUCUGCCAACUACAAGGAAAUUAUUGGCAUAAAAGGGUUUGCUGAAACAUACUGGUCUGUUGGUGGGAUAAAUGUUCCCAAGAAGAUAAUGUGUAUUUGCACUGAUGGAGUCAAAAGGCCUCAAUUAGUCAAGGGCAAUGAUGACUUGAGACAAGAUGCUGUUAUGCAACAAGUGUUCACGAUCAUGAACUCUUUGUUGAGUGAGAACAAGGAAACGCGACGUCGCAGACUGCUCAUCCGGACCUAUAAGGUGGUGCCUUUGUCGCAGCGCAGUGGUGUAAUAGAGUGGUGUAUAAACACUACACCCAUCUCUACGUACCUAAUAGGGGGAGGAGGAGUGGUGGGGGCUCACACCAAGUACCGCAAAGACUUAGACUGGCUGCCAGCUGUGUGUCGUCAGAAAGUUGCGGAUGUAGCCAAAUCCAGUGUUGCUACAAAACUGAAGGUGUUCAAAGAGAUUUGUGCCAAUUUCAAACCGGUGUUCCGGCACUUCUUCUUUGAAAAGUUUCCCAAUCCAGGAGUAUGGUUUGAAAGGAAAUUGGCUUAUACUCAUAGUGUUGCCACAUCCUCCAUGGUGGGUUACAUCCUUGGGCUUGGUGAUAGACACAUAAUGAACAUCCUCAUAGACCAGCGUACAGCCGAGGUCAUACACAUAGACUUUGGUAUUGCGUUUGAGCAAGGUCGCACCCUACAAACAGCAGAGACAGUUCCGUUCCGUUUGACGAGGGACAUCAUUGACGGCAUGGGUGUGUCUGGCAUCGAGGGUGUCUUUAGGAGGAGCUGUGAGAAGACAAUGGAAGUGAUGAGAGAAUGUGAGUCAACCCUUGUCACAAUACUGGAGGUGCUUCUUUACGAUCCAUUGUACAUGUGGACCAUCACUCCAGCCAUGGCUGCAGCCAAGCAGGGCGGCAAGAGGCCGUCACAGUCACAGCAAUCACAAGGGCCACAAGAGCAAGGCAAAGUAAACAAACUGGCUGAGAGAGCUUUGAUAAGACUGAAGCAGAAGCUGCAAGGUAUCGAGGAAGGCAGCACGACAAGUGUGGAAGGUCAGGUGUCCAAACUGAUCCAGGAGGCGACCAAUCCUGCCAACCUGUGCAGACUGUUCCAUGGAUGGCAGUCACAUGUCUAAAACGAUGUGCACCGUCCCCUGCAUCUGUAAACACUGUACGUGAUUUGUUCAUGUGAACAUGAAAAUUUGGUUAAGUGAGCUAGCAACGUCACUUUUGCCGUGUCGAUAAGUUUGAUGCCGUAAGAGGAAAAUUUGUAAAAAUCUUAAAACCAUCCCGAUGGUUAAGUGCUAGGCCUUUGAGGGAAAAUAGGACAGUUUUGUUGAUGUGACAUAAAAUAAUUGUUAGUUUACAAUAUGUUGUGUAUCUAACUUCUAUUCGAGCCCAUCACUUUUACCAUAUGACGAUAAAGACGGUGAGGAAUAUUGGGCAGAAUCUUACAAGUAUCCUAAUAUAAGGCUGUGAACAGAAUGUGUUUAGCUAAACCAACAAGAAAGUUUUCUCUGCAUUUAUUUCUAAACUAUUUUAACUAUGUUUUGUAAGUUUUGUGGUUGCUGUUUUAGGCCUAAGUGUUUAAAGUUUCUCAUUUGGACGUUGUAUAAGAUUAUUUUAUUAGAGGACCAAUUUCAGGUCCUGUUUCCCAUGCAUAGUUUCCAUGUUAGCAAUUGAAUGGUUCUUCAUAACAACAUUUUCUAUUAGUAUUAUGGUAUUUAUUUGAAAGAAUUCAUACUUUUUAAUCUUUUGACAUAAUAUCUAUGAUGGUAAAUUAUCCAAACAUGAGAAGUCUGACAUCACAGUAAUGUAAUAAAGUUUUUUUCCUGAUUCGGUAAAAUUUUAAUGGGACUAAUUUUGAUUUGUUAUGGGCAAUCAUAAAAACUGUUAUUGUUUAACUGAACUCUUAAUUUAAGAGCAUCACUAUUUAGAUAAGUGUAACCUAUUUAGAAAGUAUGAUUUUUGUAAGCUCAUUUCUAUAAA